AUGAUAUCAUUAAAUAGAGUAUCAAGAAGAGUUGUUCAAUCAGUAAUUAAAAAUAAUGGAUGUAGUAAUACAGUAAGAUCCAUUGGAUCAGUAUCAUUAUUAAAUAAUAACAAUAAUAAUAACAACAUUUCAAGUAAAAUCACAAAUAAACCACAAAAUAGAAUUAAUAUUAAUAGUAAUAAUAAUAGAUUUACAAAUAAUUCAAGAGUUACAAGAACAAGUACAUUUUCAUUACCAGAAUCAGGUAAAACCAUUACACGUUUAAAUAUUAAUAAAAAUGAACAAAUAGGUUUAGAUGUUGCAGUUUAUAGAUAUUAUUCAAAAAAUCAUGAAAAAAUUAGAAAUGUUGCAAUUAUUGCACAUGUAGAUCAUGGUAAAACUUCAUUGGUUGAUCAAUUAUUACGUCAAAGUGGUGCAAUUAAAGCAACAGAAAAAGAUGAAAGAGUUAUGGAUUCAAAUGCAUUGGAAAAGGAAAGAGGUAUUACAAUUAUGGCAAAAUGUACUUCAUUCGAUUAUAAGAAUCAUAAAUUGAACAUUGUGGAUACACCAGGUCACGGUGAUUUUGGAGGUGAGGUUGAACGUGUGUUAUCUAUGGUAGAUGGUGUAGUAUUAUUGGUUGAUGCAACUGAAGGUCCAAUGGCUCAAACUAAAUUUGUACUUUCCAAAGCAUUGAGUCAAGGUUUGAGACCAAUUGUUGUAAUUAAUAAAUUGGAUCGUUCAACAGCACGUGUUGAUGAAGUUGAGAAUGAAAUCUUUGAUUUGUUUGCCACAUUGGGCGCAAGUGAUGAACAAUUAAAUUAUCCAACUCUCUAUGCAUCAGGUCGUCAAGGUUGGGCAAUCCGUUCACGUGGUGAUGAUCAAAAAGAUAUUCUCCCAUUAUUGGAUACCAUUGUAGAGUAUGUAGAAUGUCCAAAUGUUAAACCAGAGGAACCAUUCACAAUGUUGGUUACAAAUUUAGAGUCUGAUCCAUUCGUUGGUCGUAUUGUAACAGGUAAAAUCUACUCUGGUAAGGCCAAGGUUGGUCAACCACUUCGUGUAGUCGAUAUGAAAGGUAAUGUCAUUGAAGAUGGAAGUAAAAUCACAAAGAUUUUCUGUCGUCGUGCUAUGGAAAGAAUUGUUUUGGAAGAAGGUGAAGCUGGUGAUAUCGUUGGUAUCGCUGGUUUCUCCCAAGCCACUGUCACCAAUUCACUCAUUGCCGAAGGUGUCAAAGAACCAAUCAAAGCCAUUCCAAUUGAUCCACCAGUUUUAGCAAUGUAUUUCGAAGCCAACAACAGUCCAUUCGCUGGUAAAGAAGGUACUCAUUGCACAACUUUAAAAAUUAAAAGUCGUCUCCUCAAAGAGAUUGAAUCAAAUGUUUCACUUCAAGUAAACGUAACUGGUGAAUCCUUUGAGGUUAAAGGUCGUGGUGAGCUUCAAUUAGGUAUCCUUUUAGAGAAUAUGAGAAGAGAAGGCUAUGAAGUUGCCGUAUCUCAACCAAGAGUUGUCUUUACCAAAGAUGAAAAUGGUAAUCUCAUGGAACCACAAGAAGAGGUAACAAUCGAUGUCGAUACCGAAUAUUCUGGUGCUAUCAUUGAAAAACUUUCAAAGAGAAAUGGUGAUAUCACCGAUAUGAAACAAUCAAUGGGUAAAUCUAGAUUGGUUUUCCUCGUACCAUCAAGAGGUUUAAUUGGUUUAAGAAGUGAAAUCAUCAAUGAUACCAAAGGUACCGGUGUCAUGAAUCAUUUAUUCCACUCUUAUGUACCACAUAAAGGUCCAAUGGAUAACAAAGAGAAAGGUGCUUUAAUUUCAAUGAGUGAAGGUGUUGCCACUGCUUUCUCAUUAAGUGCUCUCGAAGAUAGAGGUGUUCUCUUUAUUGGCCCACAAACUCAAGUUUACUCUGGUAUGAUCAUUGGUGAAAACUCAAAAUUAACUGAUUUAGAUGUUAAUCCAGUUAAAUCCAAACAAUUAACAAACAUUAGAACUACAGUCAAAGAAGAGGGUAUCCGUCUCUCUCCUCCAAAAUUAUUAAAAUUAGAAGAAGCUAUUGCUUGUGUCAAAGAAGAUGAACUCAUUGAAAUCACUCCAAAGAGUAUUCGUUUAAGAAAGAGAGAAUUGGAUUCAACUAAAAGACAAAAAAUUAAUAGAGAUAAAAAAUCUAUGUAA